AUGGCUGUUCUUCCUUUGGAUGACUGUGGCAGGAAGAGUAAGACAAUGCCAUUACUUCAUGCCCAUUCAGAUACAAUAACGGACAUGGAAUUUUCCCCAUUUCAUGAUGGAUUGUUGCUUACUGGAUCACAGGAUUCGUUGGUAAAAGUUUGGCAUAUCCCACCGGAGGGCCUGAAGGAAUCGCUCUCAACACCUGAGUGUACGCUUUCACAGAAACAGCGUAGGGUUGAAAAUGUUGGCUUUCAUCCCGUUGCAGAUGGCCUUAUUCAUGUUGCAUCCGGGCAUGAGCUUGCCCUUUGGGACUUAACUAAGCAAAAAGAGGUUUUUGUGAACAGAGACCACCCGGAGGUGAUCCAGUCGACCUCGUGGAAGAAGGACGGCCGACUCCUGGCCACUUCGUGCAAGGACAAGAGGCUGAGGGUGCUGGACCCUCGCGCCCCGGAGCCAGUCCUCAGCGUCGCGUCAAGCCACCAGAACAUUAAGGACAGCAGGGUCGUGUGGUUGGGCGACAACGAACGUAUACUGACAACGGGUUUCGACUCGGCCCGCCUGCGCCAGAUAAUGAUCCGCGACAUGCGGAACCUGUCCGAGGCGCAGAAGACCCUCGAGCUGGACUGCUCCACGGGGGUGCUGAUGCCGCUCUUCGACCCCGACACCAACAUGCUGUUCCUCGCGGGGAAGGGCGACACCACCAUACUCUACAUGGAGCUCACCGACCGCGAGCCCUACCUGGUUGAGGGUCUACGGCACUCGGGCGAGCAAACCAAGGGCGCAUGCCUAGUGCCGAAAAGGGCACUUCGUGUGAUGGAGGGAGAGGUGAACAGAGUAUUGCAGCUGACAAGUUCGUCUGUUGUGCCCAUCAUGUAUCAAGUUCCUCGGAAGAGCUACCGCGAGUACCACGCCGACCUGUACCCGGACACGAGCGGCGCGGUGACGUACGUCAGCGCCCCGAUGUGGCUCCACGGAGAGGACCGCCCCGUGCCGAACAUCUCCCUGCACCCGGCCAACAACAACUGCACGCAGGUGCACCGCGGGAAUCUAGAGGAAGUUGUGACGUCGAUAAAGGCUAUGCAGCCGCUGUCGAAGAAAGGGGAUUCGAGGAUCGUGACGACCCAGCAAGCGGGAGCGCAAAGGGUCGAAGCAAAGCCGCAACCCGCCAAAGAGGAGAUAAUAGACGAGGACAGAAUAGAUUUCGUCAACGUCAAAGACCUGAUAAAAGGAAUGGAGAGGCAGACGGUCGAGCCUAAAGACCACGCGAAAGACACGAACGGCUACCACAAGAAGAUCACGGACAACGGCCACGAGGAGGAGUGCGAGAUUCAAAGGAGUGACGUCGAGAGAGAGAGACCAGAGAGAGAGGAGAACGAAGAUAGGGCCUUGGGGAAGACGGACAGCACGGAUUCGAACGAGGGCACGCUGUCCAGAAGCGACAGCUUGAUCAACGGGGUCCAGCCACCGAAGCCCCUGCCCAGGUCCUCGAUAUCGGAGGCCGGUGCGGCGGAGGACCACCCCGAGGCGCCCAAGCCCAAGCCCAGGACCACGACCGGCUCCGCCGGGUACAAGCCUCGUCUCGGGCCGAAACCUUUCUCGGCGUCAUCGAGCAGCGAGGAGUUCUCUUUUGACAAGGUGUUCUGCGUACCGGCUGUCCCGGGCGCCACAACUGCCAACUCCGUGACUUCGCCCGGAUCCGGUCCGACGCCGCCCACUCCCGCCGCCCCCACGCCGCCCGUGAAAGAGACGGAGGAGAAAGAGAAGUCGCUCUCGCCCACUAGCGAUGUGGACGCGCCCGCCGUCAAAGUUGCAGCCGAGGAAUACACAAAUGGCAAAUCCGACACUAGUCUGGAAGAGGAAGUGAACUCGUCGGAUUCCGGUUAUAGGCCCAAGACCCCCAGCACAGCGGAGAGGAGGAAAAUGUUCGAGGUCACAGACGGCAACCAGUCGAUAGCUGAGCGGAGGCGAGCCUACGAGUCUCGCUCAGUGAGUGUGGCGGUCGAAUCCGAGGCGCCCCCCUCACCCGCACCGUUGAGACGCCGGGACUCGCUGAAAUCGCGCAAGAGUCCCGAACGCGAGGAGAAGAGAUCGUCCGUCCCGAACGUUACCACCAAGAGGACGUCUACUGUCUUUGGCAAAGUGUCGAAAUUCCGGCAUCUGAAGGGCACACCCGGGCACAAGUCGACACACGUCGAAAACAUCAAGAACAUCAGCCGGCAGAUAUCCGGCGAGUGCAAUGGAUUUUAUGCGAACGGCGUGCGGUGCGCGGUGCCUAUCACGGGCGGCGGCGGGCGGCUGGGCGUGGUGGAGCUGCCGCUGGGCGCGACGGCCGCCUCCCGCGCGCCCCGCCCCCACCCCGCGGCGCUGCACCCGCCCGCGCUGCUGCACGCCGCGCCGCUCAACGACUGCGCCUGGGACCCCUUCCGCGACACGCGUCUGCUCGUCGCCUGCGACGACGGCCUGGUGCGCGAGUGGCUGCUGCCCGAGGAUGGCCUGCAGGAGUCGACGAACGAGCCGCACCGCACGUUCUCCGCGCACCCGGACAAAAUCUACAUCGUGCGCUUCCACCCCACGGCGGGCGGGCUGCUCACCACGGCCGCCCACGACCUCACCGUCAAGCUGUGGGACCUGGCGCCGGAGGAGCCGCUUCUGGCGCUCACCCUCACCGGCCACUCGGACCACAUCUUCGCCCUGGACUGGUCGCCCUGCGGGGAGCACCUCGCCACGCUCUGCAAGGACGGCCUGCUCAGGAUAUACAAGCCUCGCGAGUCGACUGCCCCGCUGCGCAGCGGGCCGGGGCCGGCGGGCAGCCGCGGCGGCCGCGUCGUCUGGGCGCUCAGCGGCACGCACCUCGUCGUCACCGGCUUCGACAAGGUCUCCGAGCGGCAGAUCCUGCUGUACAAGGCGGCCGACCUCUCGGCGCCCGUGUGCACCGUCGGCCUCGACGUGUCGCCCGCCAUCCUGCAGACGCACAUCGACCACGACUCGGCCACGCUGUUCCUCACGGGACGGGGUGACUCGACCAUCUACUGCUACGAGGUAACCAGCGAGCCGCCGUACCUAUGCGCCCUGUCCCACCACCGCUCACCCACAUUACACCAGGGCAUCGCGUUCCUCCACAAGAAUUUGGUGGCCGUCGACAAAGUUGAGUUUGCGAGAGCGCUACGACUUACUAAUGGCAACAUUGAGCCGCUGUCAUUUACGGUACCCAGGAUAAAGAGCGAGCUGUUCCAGGACGACCUGUUCCCGCCGACGCUGGUGACGUGGGAGCCGUGGCAGUCGGCGGCCGACUGGCUCGCCGGCCGCCGGGUGCCGCCGCGCCUCGUCUCGCUGCAGCCGCUAGGGAUGGAGCCACUGUCAGGUCACACGCAGUCUCCCGGCACUCGGGAGAAGGCCAAAGAGGCGUCAAAGCCGAAACCAGAUCUCAUUAAAUCCCACGUGCCACUGGACCCUAAAGAGAAACAGGACAGUAUAAUGAAAUCGAUGAGCGCAAGGGUGCAGAUGAAUCUAAAGUUGGAGCAGGACAGCAUGGAGGGUGUCGAUGAGUCUGAAUGGGAU